GUCGCCAUAUUUGACGCCAUCUUAUAUUAUAACUUUGUGAUAAUCUUUGGAUUAGAUUUUUUAAUAUAUACUAUUAAUUAUUUCAUAUAUAAUAAAUAGACUUAUUCAAAGUUUUAGUAAAAAAUUAUAAUUAUACAUAAUGGCUGCAGUUGGAAUUAUUGACGAUGAUAUCUAUACAGGUUAUGACGAUUAUCCAUCCAUUUAUAGUACUAAAGAUCUUGACCAAGAUGAAUUAUUUCAAGAAGCUGUUAAAACCAGUUAUGCGAAAAGAUCAAUACAAACUGCAAAGAUACCAGGUAGUGCAAUGCGCCUUGGAACAUCAAGCGGAUUCAACAGGGCUGGAACUACAGUAUCUCUACGACCAAAUACUGGCGGACUUAGACCAAUGACAGCAGUUAGAGGUGCUGGUUAUACCAGUAAUAGACAAAUGUUUGAUCCUCUUAAUAUGAGCAGCAAUGUUAGAGGGCCUGCACCUCCAUUAGAAAGUAAUAAAGAAAAUACGCCAGAAGAAAAAAUAAAAAUAAGUGAAAGAAAAAUUAUGGAAUUGAUAGAAAACUCUAUUGAAGCAGCUUGUAGCAAUAAUAUACAUGUUGCUUUAGAACGAGCCAGAGAAGCUUCAUCAAGGGAACGUGCUCUUAUAAGAUUACAAGAACAAGCAGGAUUGAGUGAUACUCAUAAUGUUGAUCUGACAUUUGCUGUACUAUUCAAUUUAACAACACAAUAUACAAAUAAUGAAAUGUAUACAGAAGCUAUAGCUACUUAUCAAGCUAUUACAAGAAAUAGAAUGUUCAGUAAUAGCGGAAGAUUAAAAGUAAAUAUGGGAAAUAUUUAUGUUAAAAUGGGACAAUUACCUCAAGCAAUUAAAAUGUAUAGAAUGGCUUUUGAUCAAGCACCAAUAGCUCAUAAGGAUUUAAGAAUAAAAAUAAUGCAUAAUAUUGGAAUGUUAUUUGUACAAAUGGGUCGUUUAGAAGAAGCAGCUAAUAGUUUUGAAUGGGUUAUGAGAGAACAAGCAGAGUUUACAGCUGGUUUGCAUGCUGUGUUAUGUCAUUUUGCAUUAUCACAUAGAGAUAAAAUGAAACGAUCAUUUUUAGAGUUAUUAGAGGUUCAACUUAAUAUUGAUCAAGAAGAAAAAUAUAGUACAAGUGCUGAUGAUAUAGACUCAAACAUAUUACAUGAAGUUUUAAAAAAUGAUGACUUAUCCAAAUUUGAGAAAGGAUUGAAACUAGAAGGAGAGAAAACUAUUCUUUGUGCAGCUAAACUUAUUGCACCUGUGAUUGAAGAUACUGUUUCAGCUGGAUUUGCUUGGUGUGUGGAUGCUAUAAAAUCUUCUGCUUAUGGAAAUGUAGCUGCAGAUUUAGAAAUAAAUAAAGCUAUGGUUUACUUACACAAUAAAGAAACACAACUGGCUAUUGAUACUUUAAAAAAUUUUCAAAAUAGUGAAACUAAAGCUAACAGUGCAGCAUCAACUAUGUUAUCAUUUAUUUAUUAUCUUCAAGGUGAUUAUGAACAAGCUGAAAAGUGUGCAGAAACAGCACGGAAUGCAGAUAGUUAUAAUGCUGCUGCUUAUGUUAAUUUAGCAGCUUGUGCAAUGAAAAAAAAUGAAUUGGAUAUAGCCAAGGAGUUUCUUUUAUGUGCAUUGGAUACAGAUGCUAGUCAUAUACAAGCACUUUAUAACUUGGGUUUGGUAUAUAAAAAACAAAACAUGUAUGAAGAAGCUUUGGAAUGCUUUUGGAAGUUACGUAAUAUUGUUAGAUAUGAUCCACAGACAUUGUAUCAGAUUGGACAAAUAUAUCAUCUUAUUAAUGAUACAGAACAGGCAGCUGAAUGGUAUAAUCAAUUGUUAGGUAUAAUUCCAUCAGAUCCAGGAGUUUUACAAAAGUUAGGAGAAAUGUAUGAUAGUUUGGGUGAUAAACAACAGGCAUAUCAAUUUUAUAGUGAUUCUUAUAGAUUUUUUCCUGCUAAUUAUGAAGUGAUUGAUUGGUUAGGAUCAUAUUUUAUAUCUAUGCAGGUUGCAGAGAAAGCAAUGUUGUAUUUUGAAAAAGCUGUGGAACUUGCACCCGAUGAACCUAGAUGGAGAUUACUGGUAGCUGCUUGCUUAAGACGAACCGGACAAUUUCACAAAGCUCUUUCAGAAUAUCAGGAUAUACACAAAAGAUUUCCGGACAAUAUCGAAUGUUUAAAAUUUUUGGUACGCUUAUGUAGUGACAUGGGUCUUAAAGAAACUCAAUUAUAUGCAACUGAAUUGAAGAAAGCAGAAAAAGCAAAGGAAUUAAAAGAACGUCAAGGAUCUGGUAGGCCUGGUACUACUGGUUCGCGAAAAAGUAACAGCGAUAACUCUUCUCGAGCUGGUUCUGGAAUGAGUGUAUUAUCGGAUCAUAGAAGCAGUCCUAUUCCAGGAAAAAAAGAUAAUCAAGGAUCAAACAGCGGUGGAGUCAUUAGAUCUACUCGAACUUUUAAAGGAGACAAUUCUACAGAAUUGAAUUUUAAUGGACAAACUAGUAUUACUUAUACCGAUCCUAUUGGACCUUUACCUACACGUCCAAUGACAGCUGCUGGGAAAAGAGACGAUGAUUUUGGAGAAGAAGAAUUGGGACCUGAUUUGUUACCUGAAUAG